AUGCAUGAAAAUUGUAUAGUAGUACAUGCAGGGGCUGGUUACCAUUCUAAGCACAAAGAAACUGAGUACAUUCAAUUAUGUUCAGAUGCAUGCCUUAGAGCAGCAGCCAUCCUAACUCAAGACAAUUCAAAAUUUCGAUCAAUAAAUGCAGCAUGUGAAGCAGUCGCUUUUCUUGAGGAUAAUCAUCUCAGCAACGCUGGCUAUGGAAGCAACUUGACCCUUGAUGGGAGUGUGGAAUGUGAUGCUGGAGUCAUGUGUGGUUCCUGCCUCCGUUUUGCUGCUGUUGGAUCCCUUUCUUGCAUUAAAAACCCUAUUCUCGUGGCUGGGCACCUACUCUCCCAACAAAUAAUGGACCCUUUUUCACGCCUGGGGAGGGUAUUUCCUUCUCUCUUGGUGGGGAAGGGAGCCUUGGAUUACGCUGUAAAUGCAGCUGGCUUUUCUCGUAUACAAGAAGUAGAAAUGAUAAGCCCAUCUUCUCUAGCCUCUUGGAAAAAGUAUAAAAACUGGAUAGAUCAUGUCGAUAAAGAUACUUGUCACUCGAUGUCUCUUCACCACGUCUCAUCAAAAAAGGCCCGUUUUAUGACUCCUUUGGACACAGUUGGCGCCGUAUGUGUUGAUUCAUUCGGCAGAGUUGCCUCGGCUAUUUCCAGUGGUGGAGUAGCAAUGAAAUCACCUGGAAGGCUAGGUCAGGCAUGCAUCUAUAGCGCUGGAAGUUGGGCAGAAUGCUCCCCAGAGGAGGACGGCAAGGUCACCGAGUCCGUGGGAGUCAUUACCAGUGGAACAGGUGAACAGCUCAUAAGAACCCAGUUAGCGCAAAAAUGCGCACAACGGGUUAUCAAUGAUACGCUUCCUGUUCCUUUGGCCGUUGAGGCUUCUCUCUCCACGGAUUUUCUUAAUUCUCGUUUUCUCAAUGGUGAGCCUGACCAACGAUUCGCUGGGGUUGCUGGCUGUCUUUGGAGAAGUCUACCGUUCGUAAGAAAGAGACGUUCGUCCGAAGCUUGUGUCGAGAUAUUUUUUGGUCAUACCACUCAAUCUAUGGCCGUUGCUUACUUUGUGGAUAAUACAAUGAAAAUUCCUAAGUCUUUCAUAUCACGCAAACCAUUGGGACGAAGGCAUCUCGUUGGGGCUUUCUCCCACCGUUUGCUCUCAUGUUAA